AUGAGUCAAUACGUUAUAACGGCAAUAGCCCAUGCUGAUAAGAUCGAACCAGCUGCUUUUAUGGAACUAACAAGGUUCAUUGAAUCUUUACCAAUUAAAAUUAACAAUAUUAAAACAUUAAGUGAAGAUCGUGUUUUCGAUAUAAGUUGUUCUUUAGUAUUUAGUGAUAAUGAAUCAACUCAAGAACAUGAAUAUGAUAUCUUUGCUAAAAUUAAAGAAGCCAUCUUGGAAUGGGAAAAUGGUGAUAAAAUUGAUUUAAUUUUCCAAAAACAAGAUGAAUAUCGUCAAGAUAAAAGAUUAGUUAUUUUCGAUAUGGAUUCAACUUUAAUUUAUCAAGAAGUUAUUGAACUAAUCGCUGCUUAUGCUGGUGUUGAAGAUGAAGUGGAAAAAAUAACAACUGCUGCAAUGAAUGGUGAAAUAGAUUUCAAAGAAUCAUUAGCAAGAAGAGUUAAAUUAUUAAAAGGUAUUGAUGGUACAAUUUGGGAAGAUUUAAAGAAAAAAUUACAAUUUACAAAAGGUGAUUUUGAAUUAACAAAAGCUCUUAAAGCAAAAGGUUGUAAAUUAGCUGUUUUAAGUGGUGGAUUCAUUGAACUAGCUAAUUUUGUUAAAGAAACUCUUGGACUUGAUUAUGCUUAUGCAAAUAAUUUAAAUACUGAAAUUAAUUCAGAAGGUAAAAAAGUUUUCAAUGGUGAAACUAUUGGUGAUAUUGUUGAUGGUAAUAAAAAAGCUGAAUUAGUUCAAUUUAUUGCUGAUAAGGAAUCUAUUGAAUUAAGAGCUGCAAUGGCUGUUGGUGAUGGUUCAAAUGAUUUACCAAUGAUGGGAGUUUCAGGUUUUGGUGUUGCAUGGAAUGCUAAACCAAGAGUUCAAAGAUUAGCUCCAUCUAAAUUAAAUACUGAUAAAAUUUCAGAUAUUUUAUAUAUAUUAGGUCAUACUGAUGAAGAAAUUAAAGAAUUAUUGAAAUAA